GUCAUAUUAAUUCUCUGUGCUGUGUUAAAGACCAGUUCAGCUACUUUUGUUGCAGACAUGUUGAGAUUCUUCUUCUUUCUGAGAAAACAUGCAGUAGUGCUUCAGUAUUUAGUAGCCAUUGUCUGGUCUUUAGCCCUUUUGUGUUUUGAAUUAGUUGUUUCAGUUUGAGUCAGCAGUGUAAGUAGAUUUUUUCCCUCUGAUGGAAAAAUACAUAGUGAGGACAUUAGAUGUGUCUUGUACAUGCAUGUUUUGCUGCUCAUAUUGGUGCUUACUGUUUCAUAGCAGUGCUUUUAGAUAACUGGGUGUUUUUUUUUUGUUUCAGCAGCCUUUGGACGCCUUUUUGGAAAGCCUCUGGAUUGCCCUUUGAUAUCCUUUGGUCGACCACCUUUGCAGCAUCACCUCAUAUUACGAUCCAUUUAUCCAUACAUACAUUCCAUCCAUCCAUCCAUCCAUCCAUCCAUCCAUCCAUCCAUCCAUCCAUACAUACAUACAAACAUACAUACAUCUGUUUUGUGUGCCUUGUUCUCUCUCUCUCUCUCUCUUGUCUCUCUCUCUCCCUGUGUUUCUCUCUUGUGCUCUUGUGCUGUCUUCCAGGAUGCCUCGGAAGGGGAGACGCUCCCAGGCCCAGAAGCAGCGCUGGAGGAAGCCGGACGCGUCACAGAUGCCCACCCCUCCUGUCGACGCACCCCACUGCUCCCGCUCUCCCCAGUACAAGAAGGUUGGUUCCACCCUGCCAGCCGGACGGUUCUGGGAAGAGCGACAGGCGCGUGCAAACCUUAUUGCACGCCGUGGCACCGGUUACCGCCACAAGGUUAAAAAAUGGCCAACUUCACCCUUUACUGGGCGCGACCACAAGUUGGUCAUUCCUCCUGAGCUCCCUGGAAAGAAGUUCAUUCUUCUUGUCGGGGACUCCCAUCUACGUGCUCUUGUAGAUGGCUUUAUUCGGAUGCCAGAGUCUCGGCUGAGCUUUGGCUUCCUGUCGACUCCGGGGGCCUCUGCUGCGGAAAUUCGCACUGAGGUUCUGCACGCUGCAGUUCCUCGUGCACCUGAUGCCGUCUGCGUCAUUGCCCCUGGCAACAACCUGACCAGCACCACUGUGGAGAGGGCAGGGGUGGAUUUUGCCAAUCUCCUCACCACUUGUGGCAACCGCUGGUCCAAGGUUUUUGUGGUCGACUUUCCUCCCCGCCUGGUCGUUGACGUCCAACACCAGGACCUGCUUCGGCAGGAAUACAGACGUGUGGCUGCUCGUAUGGGUGUGAAGUUCUUCAACGCUGUGGAGCACUUCCCCCUGAGUGAUUUGGUGCUGUGGAGCAAGGAUGGUGUCCAUCUGAGUGAUCGUGAGGGGAUGGGGAUCCUCGUCCAGUUGUUCUGGUCCGCUGCCAACGAGCAACUGGGGACACCACUUCCUUCGCCCCGGAUCCCUCCUCAGCCUCCAAUUCGGAAAGCUACACCCGAAUUGGUUGUGAGAGAGAGAUCCCCUGCUCCACCCAGCCCGAAACCCCGUGAGCGGAGGAAAAUGGGUCAGGGCGGCAAGGCGAGCCAUCCUCGGGAACCUCCCCAGUCCAGAGGUUCACCAAAGCCCAGGAUGGCUCAACAGCAGGUGGAGGAGAGCUUUCUUCCGCUGAACCCCGUCUGGUUCAGCAGCACAGCCCUAAGUGCCAUGGAGAAAGUGUCUCCCUCCAAUAUGUCUUGCCUGGCGGACUUCAAGGCUUCUCCUAAGCCAAUGAAGGUGGCGUCCCCUGCAGUUCUGCGCGGCUGCCCGCGGAACACUACUCCUCCUUCUGCUUCUUCUCCAGUGAACAAGGAGCCUGGAACGCCUCCAGCUCUGCGUUCCUGGAGAUCAGAGGAGGACGCCCCUUCAGGCUUGACCACCGCAACUCAGGCGGUGGCUGCUCAGGCAACAGUGAGACGGCCCAGGACCCCGGACGGGCACCCCCCCCACUGCCCAACUGCAGUGCAUGAUCUGUUUGACUCACCCCCGGCCAGAUUGUCCUGCAGUUGGGGCAAGACAGAAACCCCUCUCUGUUCUCCCAUUGCAAAGAUGGCCAAGAUGAUGACCCCCUCACCGAAUGGACAGGCCCGGACAGCUGAUGAUGUGGGCUGCAAGCCUCCUUCUCCUGAGAAGAUGACCCGAACACUGACUCCAUCACAAGCCCAGUGGCCCUGGUUCAUGACAGCUGCAUCCACCUCAGCUGCUUCACCAACAGACAAGGAUAAAACCAGGAGCGAGAGUCGCCGUGUGGAGUCAGUCCAGGCCAGUCAUUCUCAGAAUGAUAGGAGGUAUAAGGUAUUUUCCCGCAACCAUCAGUGUAGCUGUAACGCUUUGACAUUUCUGGCAUACCAAACUGAGGGCUGUCAGUUCACCAGGACUACACUCGAUAGAGUCCUGGCUCAGGGAGACGCGCUGUAUGUCGGAGUCAAACAGCAGUUGAUUCGCGACAAGACCUUCCAGAGCAAUCACCUGACAGUCGAGGAGAUGCCAAAACAAGUCCUCACAGACAGACAUUUGUAUAAUGUCAACAUGCGUGACAUCAGGUGUGGCUUUUUAAAAACUCAAGUCUCGAGCCCUGGAAGACAGCAGUGGUGGCUUCCGCUUGCCAGCCAGCUAGGGUGUCUUUCAGCAGAGGUUAAUCAGGCUAUAAUCGUCAUUUCACCCGAGGUUAUCGCUGUUUUCCGUGAUCAGUCCGGGAGGUAUGGAGUGUUUGAUUCCCACUCCAGAGACUCGAGAGGAUUACCCUCUCAUUCCGGUAAGGCGAUCGUUAUGACUUUUGCGGAACUCAGUGACCUGGCUAACCACCUCCACACACUCUUUAGAGACCGUGGAGAGUCUGCUAGUUACGAGUUUGUCCCGGUAUCUUUUCAGACUGACAGCCCCAGUGCCCCACAUCCUCAACAAUCCCCGGAAACCGAGGUUCAACAUGAAGUGUCUGAACCUGCUCUCCUCGCAUUGCAGGCAGACAGUGGGACGGCUGUCAAAAUUGAGGAGGACGUUAAAGGUUCCUCAGCUGUCCCACAAGCAACAAACCUCUCUAAAUUCAACAAAGAUCGGAGGCAAAAAGCCAAGAGGAGAGCAUGGGGAAAAAAGGAACAAGUGAAAGAAAAAAUUGGGAAAAAAACUUGUGAAAGAAUCAGGUAUGCCAGCUGUGCCGAAUUUCGCAGGAAAAAAAUUCGGGCACAGAGUAAGUGUGUGCAAAAGAACCAUGCACAACGGCUGUUGUAUUUAAAAAAAUACUAUGCCAAGUUCAAUGUCAAAAUGCGAGACAGACUUAAAAACAAAUACAUGACAGAUUCUGCUUUUCGGAGCAGGAAAAUAAAUUAUGUUGUCAAGAGGUACAGCAUGGAUCCAGCCAUUCCGAACAGGCAGAAAAAAUAUCUUGUCAAGAGGUACAGCAUGGAUCCUGCCUUUCGGAACAGGCAGAAAAAGUAUGUUGUCCUCAGGUACAGGAAGGAUCCAGAGUUCAGGCUACAUCAUAUUCAACGCUGUAGCCUGCUCAGAAGACGCAGGUUGGCUGCCAAUCCUGACAUGCGUCAGAAGUUGUGGAGAGCACUGAGCAUCAGGCGGAAAUACCGACAGCUCGGAACCUCUCGCCAGCCAGUGCUCACUUCAGUGAUGGCAGCGGCAAUAGCAGCAUUCCGUGAGACCAUCAGCCACGGACCAACAUAUGUCUGCACCGUCUGCCAUAGGACUAUGUUUCCAAAUCAGGUCAAGUCAUGCAAGAGAGUUAAAUACUCCAUCAACGUUGACGUGGCACAGGCUUGCUUGACUGGAACGUAUGUGCAUGUCUGUGACGCUGAGUGCUCCUCCCCUUGCUCAAUGCCACCAGAGAGACUGCAGGAGUGGAUCUGCCACAACUGUGACAGCCACCUCAGCCGUGGGAGGAUGCCAACACAUGCAGUAGCAAACAAUUUAGAGUUGGCACCCAUUCCCCCGGAGUUGGCCGAACUCAACGUGCUGGAGAGACAGCUCAUCGCUAAAAUCCUUCCGUUUGCGAAGAUCAUCGCCUUACCGAAAGGACAGCAGCGAGCAGUUCACGGAGCUGUCGUGUGCGUUCCAUCGGAAGUGGAAAGCGUUGUCAACAGUCUUCCACGUCCCCUCCCAGAAGCACAGCUACUGCAGGUGAAAUUAAAGCGUCACAUUCGAUUCAAAGGUUACCAGCACUUUUACACUGUCAACAUGAAGAAUGUGCUGGUAGCCCUGGAAAAACUCAGAGAGCAGCACUCUGAGUAUUCCGAUGUGACCAUUGACGAAGAGGCCACGUUCCAAAAUCUCCUCCACGACUCAGACAACGAGUGCACGGAUGAUGCGCAGUGGGGAGAAGACAGCAUGCUCGACGAGGAGCUGCUGGAGGCGGCUGAUAGCUACACUGAGCCAGUCUUGGCCAAUUUUGUGUCAGCCGCAGGAACGGGUCGGCCAGAAGACGACCAAAGACGCAAUGCUGACAUGCCAUCACCAAGCACUGAGCUGGAAAACCUGUCCAAUGAUGUCACGAGAGAAACCCUCUUGGAAGAGUCUGCCGACGACAUAGACUCUCGGCACGACAGCAUGGAUGCUGCCCAGUGGGGAGAAGACAUCUUGGACCAAGAGCUGCUACAAGUGUCUGACAGCUACCAGAACAAUUUAGCUGCAGACACAGCCACCGAACAGCAGGAGGAGCUAAGACCUGGACUUGCUCUGGACACCUGCAUGCAGCCACCAGACAUUGCACAGGAAAUCCUUUCCUAUGGAGAUGGCAUUUUCAGCGUUGCCCCCGCUCAAGGCAACAAACCUGUGGGAUUUUUUGCAAUCCCCAAACUGGAAGCCAUGGCGUUCCCUGUGCAGUUUCCCACAGGAGAGAACACGCUGGAUGAAGACCGUCCCAUCAAGCUUUCACCCAGCAGAUACUUCAACGCCAGGCUUUUCGGGGCAGACACGCGGUUUGCCGAGGACCAAACUUACCUUUUCUUUGCGCAGUUUGUAACGGAGACAAACCUCGCGAGAGGAAGUAUGUCGAUACAAAUGCGCAAAGGAAAGAUGCGCACAAAAGACGGGCGUGCCAUUAAAAAUUCCAUGCUCCAGGACAAAGAGGAGGUGGAGAGAUUAAUUCAGGCCAAAGAGGCCAUGCGAUUUAUGCAGCCUCUGAGAGGCACACCCGCAUAUUGGAAUAAAAGCCUGAGAGAUUUGCAUGCUAUGCUCAGGCAAAUCGGCAAACCGACGUUCUUUUUGACUUUUUCGGCAGCUGAGAUGAGAUGGCCUGAAAUAAUUGGGGUCAUCAAAUCUCAGCAAGGACAAACACUUGGUGACUUUUCCGAACUGGACUGGAAAGCCAAGUGUGACAUUUUGCGCAGUAACCCGGUCACCGUAAUGCGCAUGUUUGAAAAACGCGUGGAUGCCCUUAUGGCAAAGUUGAUCCUCUCACCAGCGCGGCCCAUCGGCGAGGUGGAGGAUUAUUUUUACCGCGUUGAAUUUCAGGCCCGCGGAAGCCCACACAUUCACAUGCUAGUGUGGGUCAAAGACGCCCCUGUGUACGGCGAGGACUUGGACCACACCGUAUGCAGGUUCAUUGACCGCCACAUUUCCUGCCAGAUGCCUGACCCCGAGAAGGACCCGGAGCUCCACAAAAUUGUCUCGGAGGUUCAGGUACACAGCAGGAGCCACACCGGCUCUUGCCGAAAGGGAAACGUGGCGUGUCGUUUUGGCUUCCCCAAGCUGCCGUUUGAUAUCACCUGGAUCACGGAGCCCUUUGCUGCGGAUGUGGAAAUGGAAGAUGGUCAAGACCAGGAAGAGGUGAUGAAGGAACGGAGGGAGCAGAUCCGUCGGCAGCAAAGGGAAGCAAAGGAAAAGCUUCGGCACCUGAGAGAGGUCCUCAUGGAUCCGAAGGCCUCCUUCGAGAGCUUGUCAGAUCUCCUCCGUCGAUGCGACUUCGAACACGACGCCUAUAUGAAGUGCGCCGAAAAUCUGACAAGCGGGAGCGUGGUCAUGCUGAAGCGGCAGCCAAAUGAGUGUUGGGUUAACGCGUAUAACCCAGACCUUCUCCGCGCUUGGAACGCAAACAUGGACAUCCAGUACGUCCUGGACGAGUACUGCUGUGCCAUGUACAUGAUGUCAUACAUCACCAAGCCGGAGCACGAGAUGACCGAGUUCCUGAACUCGGUCGUGAAGACCAGCAGAGAGUCUGCCUUCAACCAAUGUGAGGAAAUGCGAAAGAUCAUGCAGGCCUAUGCGAAGCACAGAGAGGUCAGCGCCCAGGAGGCAGUGGCUCGUACGUGCAGCUUGCCCCUGAAAAAGUGCUCGCGGUCUGUGAUUUUCCUCUCGACGGACGAGGAAGCCAUGAAGAUGAGUCUUCCUAUGAGUCGCCUGAAGGACAUGGCACCUGACUCUGAAGAGGUCUGGAUGUUGGGGGUACCUGAGAAGUACCUGUUCAGACCAAAGACUCCUGAGUUUCAGGGGAUGUGCCUGGCUGAGUUUGCAUCAGACUACCGGGUAGUCUACGGCGAACAAGUACAGGGCCCCAGUGCCAUUGCCCUUUUGUGUGACAAAGGAUAUAUUGCCAAGAGGACAGCCGGAAAACCAGCAGUCAUUCGAUAUGCGCGCUUCUCUGAGACCAAGGCGCCAGAGAAACAUUUCAGACGACUGCUGAAGCUGUACCUCCCCCACCGAUCUGACGACGAACUCAACGACGGGGGUCGCACCUUGUACGAAGAGUUCUACAAAUCGCGACGCGACGUCAAGGACAUCGUGGACCACAACAGGAAGCUAUUCGAGGGACGAGGCGCAGGCAUGGAUAAGGCACUCCAGAACGUCCAAUUCGGUCCGGUCCUCAACGCUUGGAACACGUUCGCACCCGAGGUUGAGGCGGAACGGCAGGAGUGUCUUGAGCUCCGUGAAAAGAUCCCAGAGGAGCAGGACGAAGACGCCGUGCCCGACUUUGAAGACCUGAAUGUCGGUGAACCCGUCCCCCGAAUCGAGGCGCCUCGGUUAAGUCCAGACUUUGUCCGCAAGAUGUUUCAGAGUCUGAACGAGACCCAGGCGUGUGUCUUCUACGCUGUGCGCCAGUGGUGCCUUCGGCGUGUGUGGGGCCAAGAUCCAGAACCGUUCCACUACUUUGUCUCUGGUGGAGCUGGUUGCGGUAAGUCCCACGUCAUCAAGUGCAUUCAUGAGGAAGCAACGAGGAUUCUGCGGCAGCUCCCGAGAUUCCGGGAUGCAGCUGACAUGUCCCAGCACCCUGUCCUUCUGACUGCCUUCACGGGCACGGCAGCCUUUAACAUCGCGGGCAAAACGUUGCACUCUGUCCUUAAGCUUCCCAGGUCCCUGGAACCGCCGUACCAGGGCCUGGGCAAUGCACUUGAUGAACUUAGAGCAACUUUGUCUUCGGUGGAAAUUCUCAUCGUCGAUGAGAUUUCCAUGGUUUCCAAGAAGCUGUUUGCCUACGUCAACUGGCGAUUCCAGCAGCUCAAAGGAAACCGAAAACCUUUUGGCGGCAUUUCCGUUCUUGCAGUCGGUGACUUUUACCAGCUGCCGCCGCUGGGCAGAGCCAAGCCGCUCUGUGUCUACGAGGAGACAGAGUUUGAUCUCUGGAGAGAGCGCUUCACCAUGGUCAACCUCACGGAGAUCAUGCGCCAGAAGGAUGACCGAGCGUUCGCCGAACUCCUCAAUCGACUGCGUGUCAAGCGCAAGCAAGAUCCUCUGUGCGCUGCGGACAGAGGCUUGCUCAUGAGAGCCGUCUCUGACGGCAAAGAUUGCCCGCCAGGAACGCUGCACGUCUUUGCCACCAACAAGCAGGUAGAUGGUCACAACGCAGCCACCGUGGCCUCCCUGCUUAAAGGGGACGUCAAAAUAGCGGCCGAGGACUACAGGAAGGAUGUCGCUACCGGCAGGAAGGUGCCUGUGCCCAACAUCAAAGCCACCAAGAGAGAUUUGCCUGACAGCAUAAUGGCAGCUGAAGGAGCAAGAGUUAUGCUGAUCAGGAAUCUCAACGUGGAGGAUGGCCUUGUCAAUGGAACCUUUGGGACCAUCUCCACCAUUCUGCCUGAGAGACGUGACCCCAAAGUCGUGAGGUUCCUUGGACUUAAGCUGGACAAUUCCACAGCAGGACAGACUCUCCGCAAGAAGCUUCUGGGCCCCUCGGACGACUUGGUCUACGUCGAGAGAUCCGAGGAGAGCAUCGGUCACAAGGGCGGAGUCGUGAGACGUCAGUUCCCCGUCAAGCUGGCCUUUGCGUGUACAGCCCACAAAGUUCAGGGAAUGACGGUGACGUCGGCUGUCGUGAGCCUGAAACGCAUGUUUCAGCCAGGCAUGGCAUAUGUGGCGCUUAGUCGCACCACUUCUCUUCAUGGUCUCACCAUCACCGACUUUGAUGAGACAAAGAUCUAUGCUGACCCUGCCAUUACGACAGCUUUGGAAGACAUGCGCAGCGCGAGUUUCCAGAGUGUUACUCCGCUGUGCCACCACUUGAACCGGACAGAGCGACCAGAUGCAGAGGUGACAAUCGUACAUCAUAAUACCCAAGGGCUUCCAUCUCACAUGGUGGACCUGAAGUUGCAUCACGAACUCAGGUUGGCAGAUGUGCUUUGUCUCACCGAGACACAUCUGUCAGGGUCCUCUGUAUCCUCGUCCUUUGAUCUGGAGGGAUACACUGUGUUUCACCGCAGCAGACAGGCGUCUUACACCACGUGCAGGGACAUGGCGGCAAAGGCCGGGGGUGGAGUUGCCGUGUACUGCAGGACCGCUCUGAUGGCGGAGGCGCCGAGCUGCAUGGUACGUGUCACAGAUCUGGAAUGUCUGGUCGUAAAGGUUGAGGUCCCAGUCAAAGUGCUAAUAGCAACUGUGUAUAGACCCCCAGAUUUUGGUUUGCAAAAGUUUCUGCCAAACCUCAACGCUCUCUUGGACACAUUGGAACUGAUGGACCACCAGCCCAUUGUUGUUUGUGGUGACUUCAAUGAAGACCUCCUUUCCAGAGGCAAAAAAAGCAUAAGAGAUGCACUUCUGUCCAGGGGCUACAACCAGUUGAUCACAGAGUCUACCACAGACAAGAACACUGUGAUUGAUCACAUUUACAUUUCCCAACCUGAGAAAUGUGUUCAGUCAGGUGUUCUCCAAACAUAUUAUAGCUAUCACAGCCCGGUCUAUUGCAUUUUGACUGGCUAAAGCCUCACCAGCCAACACCGAUUUCAUGAUGGUCGUACGUUUGUCCCAUCUCCAGUUACAUUUUCAAAAUAAUUUUUUCUUGGUUCAAUGUCUUGGCUGGAAAUCUAUUCUGUUCAGUCCCAUUUUACAGUUGUGUCACACAUUUUUCAUGUGACUCAGUGUUGUGGCACAUUGUGCUGCCGUUGUUUUUUCUUGGUAUGUUUUGUUCUGUUUUUGAGUUCCAGGUCUGAGGGGGUCCAGAAGGUGCAGUGGCGAGAUCGGACGUCCUCCCAGAAGUCCCCUCCUCUCGGACGCCCAGUCCUUUUGGAAGUCCUCAACAGCCUCCCCAUAGGCAUGUCUCAGAAUUUGGACUUGGCUUCCUGUAGUCGAGGGAGCGGGGUGUGUAGUGUGCAGUGUCGGCCGACGGCCUGUAUAAGUCCGGUAACGGCUGUAGCUCCACAUCUGCUUCCACCGCUACAACGGGACAUGCCUCAGACAACACAGGAGACCACCAGAAGGCUGGAGAAAAUGGGACUUCAAAUGAAUGUUAUAAAUAAAUGUUAAAAUAAAAAAUGUAUACAUAUAUGAAAAUA